AUGAUAUAUACAAAUGAAUGUCAUUCUGAUUGGCAACAAUGUACUCAAUUAUUCGGUUCAGCUCUCACGACUGGUCUACCUAAACAUCGAGAAGUCCCAACGUCAUCUUCUAAUCCAAGUCCUGUAGUUCCCGCUGUCGAAAAUAAAACAGCUCCAAACGGAACUACUGUAGCCACUGCACUUAGACAAAACGUCCACCUUUCCGUCAACGGAAAAAGAGUCGGACGUCCACCAGGAACAUUCAAAAGAGCACCAAACCACAUCGCAAGCUCGAAUAAUAACGGAGACGAUGUUGAUGUAGAGACGGCAAAUGAUCUGACUUGUCGAUGGAAGGAUUGUAUGAUGAAGUUCUCGACUCUCAAGGGCUUGGCUGAUCAUGUUCAAGAGAUGCACGUUCGAUCAACAUCUGAAGAUCAAGCAAUUGCAGCGUCAUCUUCUAAUCCAGUUUCUGUGGUUCCCGUUGUCAAAUUCUCAAAUCAAACAGCUCCAAAUGGAAAUACUGUAGCCACUGCAGUUGGACAAAACGUCCUCCUUUCCGUCCGCGGAAAAAGAGUGGGACGUCCACCAGGAACAUUCAAAAGAGCACCAAACCACAUAGCAAGCUCGAACAAUAACGGUGACAACGUUGAUGAAGAGACGAAAAAUGAUCUGACGUGUCGAUGGAAGGAUUGUAUGAUGAAGUUCUCGACUCUGAAAGGCUUGUUUGAUCAUGUUCAAGAAAAGCACGUUCAAUCAACUGAACAAAAGCACCAUGCAUGGCGUUGUGAGUGGGAAGGAUGUGACCGGAAUGAGACGUUUAAAGAUUUUUAUCAGCUCGUUGUACAUGUUCGUUGUCACACGGGAGAGAAGCCGAACAAGUGUGAAUAUCCUGGGUGUGGAAAAGAGUACAGCCGUCCCGAAAAUCUCAAAACGCAUCGUCGAACUCACACCGGAGAGAAACCCUACAAAUGUGAAUUCGUUGGUUGUAAAAAAGCGUUCAAUAAUGGUUCUGAUCGUGCCAAACAUCAUAAUCGUACUCAUUCCAACUUGAAACCAUAUGCAUGUCAAAUCGUUGAUUGCAAGAAGUCGUACACUGAUCCAUCUUCACUCCGAAAGCACAUAAAAAUGGUUCAUGGUAAUGGCGAAUAUGAGAAAGCGAAGAAGUCAUGUCCACCAAAUCAUUCAAAACGUAGACGUCCAAAUCCUCGAAUGGCUCCACCAACUGGAUCCCUCUCUCAUCCAUAUCUCUCAACACCUCAUUCCAUGACUUCAAAUGCAGUUCCAGUUCACCAGAACAACUUUAGUAAUGGAGCGUUAAAGAAUCCAACUACAGCCGUUAAGGUGUCUAAAUCUCAUCAAUCUCAUACGAUCCAGCAAUCUCACAUUAAUACUGUGGUCGCUGCUCAAAUCCAAACUCCUAUUCGGGAACCAAUUCGAGUUGAUACUGUCGCUCCGCCCACUGGUGUUCAUCCGACGAAUCAAUCAGCACGACCAAAUUUCCCAUCUAUCCCUCAACAGAUUCAUUUGCAUAACGCAAAUGUCGCAGCGGCUGAAGAAGAAGAUGAAAUGUCAGAAGAUGAUGAAGAAUCUCUUCAACCUGCUCAGGCAAUCCCUGCUUCCCGUCCCAGAGACGGAUCAGAUGACGGGAACAGUGGUUCCGGAGCUGGUUCUUCUCGUUCGAGUGUUUCGAGUGGAAGUGGAACUUUGGAAAUGGCUGGAAGAGCAACUCAGAGUGAAAGCAGAAGCAGCGGAUCUGGUGAACGUGGAAAGAGAAGUUUCUUAAUUGCUGAUCUUCUUCAACUCGCCAGUGAAUUCGGAAAUGAUCGUAUCAUUUCAGACGCUCUCAAUCUCUCCAUCUUCGAAACUCGUGAUAUCAACACCGUCUGGCAUAUAUAUAGUCUAUUCGACAAUGCUUGCUCCCGAAUGGAUCAUUUUGAAACAGGAAAACGUCUUCCAACUUGGCAAGAAGUUCGAGUUCUUCAUUCUUAUUACCAUAGUCCACAUUACAAUCGUAAUCUUUUCCACGAUUCCCCAGCUGCCCGUACUCGUGAAACUCUUUUCUGGCGCGCGAUCAACUCUGCAAAUAGCCGCAGAGAACAUCAAAUUCAAUCGAUUUCACUUAACUCUGAAGUUGAUGAAGGAUUUGAAGAUUAUGCUCUUCGAGCAGCUCGUGACGGUAGACGUGCUACUUCGAAUAAUCAAAGUGCUGCUGUUAGAGUUGGAGCUCAAGAAUCUGAAGAUGAAGAUGAUGGUUUUGGUGAUUCAGAUGAUGACCUCCCAGGUCUCGGAUUGGGAGGUUUGGAUGUUAUUGUUCGAAGAAGACGUCGAAUUGUCCGUCGUCAAGCUUUGAAACAAGCUUAUAUGGAGAUUGAUGAAAGCAAUACCGACAACCAGUUUGGAGUUGUUGGAGGAGGAUUCGGUGGCGAAAACAAUGAAAAUGGAGACGACCGAAGCUAUGAUAGCUUUGUUCAUACACCUCGAAUCGAUGAUUCAGAUAUCAAUUUUAUAAAGUUAUUCAAGAGAGCCGAGUCUGAUCUUGCUGAGAAAGCAGCAAAGUUGCCAAAAAUUACUGAAAUGGUUCCAAUAGAUCAAGUUCAGACAUCUCAGCAAAUCCAACCAGAACCAAUCAACCCUCCAGCUGCCUGCCGAUCGAGCACAACUCCUUUCAGCGUUCACAGAUUGUUGGUCGAAGAACCGGAAUUUCGUCAAAGUCUUCUCCGUUUCGUAACAAUUCAUGUUGACAACGAUGAGAUUAAAAAUAACGUCUCAUCGGAUGAGUUCUACAAAUUGCCAUCAGACGAGAGACGGAUGAUUGAAGAAGCUAUGUCAGCUAUGGAUGGUAUGGAGUCGGCUGAAGCUGCCCAAAAUCAAGCUGUGAUUGAAGAACCACAAGAAUCGCUGUUCGCAGAAGACCAAGAAUCAUCAUCUAAUGUUCCAAGUGACUAUUCCAUGCCUUCCAAUCCACGUCGUCGCUCCAGUGAUUCGGAGCAUUCAGAAGUCAUCCCAGAGAAGAAACAACGCAAACAUUAA